GCCCCGGACCGAGUCGCUCUCCUCGGUGCUGAAAUCGCCGACCGACGCGAUAAUGUAAACGGCGAUGAGGCCAAACGGAGCAUCGUUAAAAAAACAUACGAAAUGGACGAUGACCUGUUUCAGUUGAGACAACUUCCUGUUGUCCGUUUCCGUCGCACAGGGGAGAGCACACGAUCUGAGGAAGAUGUCGAAAGCAGAGAGCAGGAGGUCAGGCCAGCUGAGCCUGCUGAUCUGGAGUCUGUGGCGCUGGCAGAAGGCGUUCCGGUGCCCCGAGAGUUUGCCAAUCCAACCGAUGACACGUUCAUGGUAGAAGACGCUGUGGAGGCCAUAGGUUUUGGCACAUUUCAGUGGAAACUCUCCAUCCUCACUGGUUUAUCCUGGAUGGCCGAUGCCAUGGAGAUGAUGAUACUCAGCAUCUUAGCCCCACAGCUCCACUGUGAAUGGAGACUACCGAGCCUUGAGGUGGCACUGCUCACAUCGGCGGUGUUCAUUGGGAUGAUGAUCAGCUCUUCUCUUUGGGGAAACAUAUCUGAUAAAUACGGCAGAAAGAUGGGCUUGACGCUGAGUGUGCUUUGGACCAUGUUCUACGGCCUCAUGAGUGCAUUUGCACCCAUUUACGGGUGGAUCCUGGUCCUGCGUGCGCUGGUGGGCUUUGGUAUAGGAGGGGCGCCUCAGUCGGUGACCCUGUAUGCUGAGUUUCUUCCCAUGAGAUCCAGAGCCACAUGUAUUUUGCUUAUAGAGAUCUUUUGGGCAAUCGGUACAGUUUUUGAGGUCCUGUUGGCGAUCCUUGUGAUGCCCACUCUGGGCUGGCGCUGGCUGCUCGGCCUUUCCACCAUCCCUCUCUUCAUUUUCGCCUUUCUGUGCUAUUGGCUGCCAGAGAGUGCUCGGUAUGAUGUGCUUACGGGGAAUCAGGAAAAGGCUCUGGCAACUCUGAAACGUAUAGCCACAGAGAACGGCGUCCCCAUGCCUCUGGGGAAACUUAUUGCUGACAGACAGGAAGAUCGGGGGAAGAUCCGAGACUUAUUUUCAUCAGACUUCCGAUGCACCACGAUUCUGCUCUGGUUCAUUUGGUUUGCAAACGCCUUCUCUUACUACGGACUGGUGCUGCUCACUACAGAGUUGUUCCAGGAAGGAGGUGCAUGUGGAAUGCCCAAAGGCGGAAAAAAGGAGCUCAGAUGCAACUUGGAGUGUAGAUAUCUAAAUUCUGAUGACUAUAAAGAUCUGCUCUGGACUACAUUGUCUGAAUUCCCAGGACUGCUGGUGACACUGUGGGCUAUUGACCGAUUGGGACGGAGAAAGACCAUGGCAUUGUGUUUCCUUGUGUUCUCUCUGUGCAUCAUCCCUCUGUAUGGAUGUGUAGGGAGAGUGUCCAUGAUGGUGUUGAUAUUCAUAGCCAGAGCAUUUAUUGCUGGAGGCUUCCAGGCAGCCUAUGUUUACACUCCUGAGGUUUAUCCAACAGCAACCAGAGCUUUGGGUCUGGGAACAAGCAGUGGGAUGGCCAGAGUUGGUGCCCUCAUCACUCCUUUUGUUGCACAGGUGAUGUUGGAGUCUUCGGUGUACCUGGCCCUCUCUGUGUACUGCUGCUGCUGCCUGUUCGCUGCUGUCGCCUCCUGCGCUCUGCCCAUUGAAACCACAGGUCGAGGUCUGCAGGAGUCCAGCAAUCGUGAGUGGGGACAGGAGAUGGUAGGCCACAGAUCAGAAGAAAUCCCACACUCCAGCUCUGGUUCUCAGGGUUGAGGACAUGCUCACUGUGGUAAAAGCUGGAGGAGAGACCAGAUGAGAGGAGAGGAGAAAACUAAACCAGCUUUCUGCCCUUCUUGUAUGUUUCUCCUAAGAUCCAGGCAGCACCAUUUUUACAUCACAUUACUGUAUGUAAAGUCUUUAAACACCAUUGGUGUCACAGGGUUGCCACUGUAAAACUACGUACGCACAGGACGAGUUAGAAAGACCAAGCGAUGUUCAGGAUUACCGGAGAUGAUGGUGAAAAUGGGAAAAGUUUCUGAAAAGGGGAAGAUAGAAGGUGUGAAAGUGAUGAAAUUUAUCUUCAUACAGCUACCUUCGUUUGAAAGAGCCUUAAAACAACCUAUUGAGUAGGUGACAAAACCACCUUGGAAAUCAAUGAAAAACAGCCUCUGUAGUACACAAAGCAUACUGAACAUACCAUCUCCUAAGUAUUCUUAGCAAAAAUAACCCCACAAUCAUCUCAUGUACAUGGAAAUUGCCUGCUGAAAUGCACUUUAACUUAAAAAAGUAUUGUUGAAGAACAAAAAUAACUCCUCAGAUGAACUGACCAGAUUACGUUUUUUUCACUGAACAUUCCUAGUUAUCAAGGUAAAUAUAGAUCCUAUGUAGGAGCCCUUGAUUUUAUUGCAAAUAUCCGAACUUUUAAGAAAUAAUUUGCUUCACUUUCAUCAGUUUCCCAAUGCAAAUGCACAUAUAAAUGACUGAAAUCAUGAUUUUGAAAAGUUUAAUCAUGAUGUGAUUGUUUUACCUAUGACAAACUUUUAGAUUUCCUGAAGCUGUCAGUGGAGGGCUGGAAGUUUCUUUAACAUAAAACUAAGCAUUUCUACAUUACAGCACAAACAGCGAGAGUCUGAAGAGAGUUUUCCAAAAGUGUAAUUACUCUUAAAUGGUUCUGUACACUCAUAUAAGUACCGGUAGAUUUAAAGUUUACAAUAUGUUGCAAACUUAUUCAUAUUCCUUGAACUUUGUGACAUUUUUUUCCAUAUUACAACCACAAAUUUCCAUGCAUUUUAUUCUAAUUAUAUGUGACAAACCAACACCACGUAGCCCAUGAUUAUGAAGGAAACUGAAACAUCUAGAGAUGGUUUAAAAAUGUUAAAAUGAACAAACCAAUUUGUUUUUAGUCCCCAUAAGCCAGUACUUUGUAGACACAUUUCCCUGUAGUUGCAGCUUCCAGUCUUUUGGGGGUAUGCGUCUACUACUUUUACACAUCUCAAGACUGAAAUGUUUGCUCAGUCAUCUUUGCAACACAGUUCAACCUCAGUCCCACUGAGUGAAGACAAUCUGUGAACAUGAAUUUUCAAGACUUAAUACUAAUUUUCACAAAAGUACACAAAUAUGUUUUGAUUAAGACCAUUGUUGUGCAGUCCUCUACUUUGACAUGAUUGAACAGAGCUUUGUGAAAUGUUCAAAGCCAGGGAUUUUGUUUUAGAACUUAGCUUUAAACUUCUCCAUGACAUCACUGACCUAUCUUGAUGUGUUUCAGGAAUAUUUCUGUCACUAGUGUUCCCUAUAGUGUAGCAAACAUCUGUAACGUUCACAGAACAUCUGGUUUUAUACUAAGAAUAAAUUGCAGCAAUUACUAUUUACUAAAUUCAAGAACAUCUGAAGCCAGUUUGUUUCACAGAAUUUCAUGUAAAAGGUUUCAGAGUAAAUGGAGCAAAAAAAACUAAUGGACACACUUUUUAUAUUGUUUAUUAUUACAAGAUCUGGAAAACAGGGAUCUCAUUAUCUUAUACUCCACAAAUAUGUAAUAUUUUGUUGGUCUGUCACAUAGAAUAUCCUUGUUUGUGAUUUUAAUGUGAACAAAUGUGAAAAGGCUGAAGGGGUAUGAAUACUUUUACAGCCACUCCACAGAGAUGCUAUCUCAACUUUCUUAAACAUGUUCUACUUCUUAAGUGUUAAUUUCUCCAAAAUAUGCUAUAACAGGGCAAAGGUUUAUCAAUACAAAGUGAAGAUAAAGUCCAGAUGAAAAAGUUAGAGUCUGUUACACAUUUACUUAAUUUCAGGCCCAACUGAAGUCAGGAAUUUGGCCAUUUUACCUUGAAAGUACAUUUCCAGCUGCAUCUUGUAAUUAUUUCUCUUCACAUGCAGAUAAGUUUAGAGGAUUGGGAAGUUUUCUAGAAAAUGACAUGUGCAUUAAUAAAACAUUAGGCUUUAUUUCCUGAAGAAUAUGAGAAGUUGACAAAUAAUCCAGAAAUUCAGCCUUAGUAUUCAUGUGGUCAGCCAAAAUGAACUGCCUAUGGAGGGCAUUUUAGUAAUGAUGUUACUACUCGUGUAUCAACUAUUCCUCUACUGAUCCAGACUUUUAACUCCCAUACAUAGACCCGAGCUGUGAACGUUAACUGGAUGUCAUGUUCUUGAUGUAAAUGAGAAAAAAAAUACAACACCUAGUUCGGUCAUUGUCUUUUGUUUGUAAUUGAUAGAGAUGGAGGCAGACUUUGGUUAAUCUAACAAACAACAGGAUAUCACCACUCACGGGUCCACCAAGAUGCUUUGACUCGCCCGUGUUUGAGAUAUCGUGCAGCAUUAAGUGUCAAUGCACUAGAUGUAAAUGUGUAUGAUAUUAUAAUAAAAAACAUUAAAAAUGC